UCGCCACUACCACGGUAACAUUGCCGUACAGUAACAAUGGAAGAAAUAGGUUUAGAACCAGAGCGCAUUUCAUCAGAAGAUUAUUAUCUCUCGUCCCUCUCCUGCAGUCUAAGAGUAGGCAAAGAAGAAGUGAUAUCCAACGACCUGUUUUCAAUAACAGGAGAUUUGGAUUUUCCAAGUAACCUCGAAGACUCUCCUGAGAAAAUGAGCACCUACUGCAACAGCAGCAGUCCUGGGUUGUCUUUCAGUCAUCCCCCAAACUAUCUUGACCAGCAAGACAUACAAAUGAUAGAGAAUCUUGCAGUAGCACAUGAAGAUGAAGAAGAAGACCGUUAUGAAGAGCUAGAUUUGACCAAUGAAGGUACUUACAUAAGAGAAGUACUAAUAGGACCUUCGCAUCCUCGGCUACCAUUAAUUGAGGGAGCACUAGGCUCUUUAUCAGGACCUGUUAAUACACAGCUUCUGUACGAUGCAGUUUUAUACAGCAUGCAAGCAGUGGAUGUGCUAAUAAUGGAACUGAUUAAAAUGAUAUCGCUAGAUCCAGCAAACAGGAGGUUACAGGCUGGGCUGGAUCUUGAAGCUGAGCUCAUGGAGAUGGAAGAGAUAAGCAGCAGCAGCCAUCGCCACAAAGAGCAACAAGUUAGCAGAAGAAAGAGUCUAGCCAGUCACUGCCUCCUAAGACGAAGAAAGGGAAGGCAACAGAAUACAAUAAAAAAGAAAACAAAAGGAAAGAGAGAGAAAACGUCACCGGCUAGUCAAAAGCUACUUAAGGAAUGGUUAUUCUCUCAUAGUCGCUGUCCAUAUCCUACAGAAGAUGACAAGCAGAACCUUUGUCGAAUGACGGGACUCUCACUGCAACAGUUAAACAACUGGUUUAUUAAUGCAAGGAGACGUAUAUUACCACAGAAGAAAACUAAAUAACAACAAUAAUAAUAACAAUAA